CAGCAAGACUGAAUUAUAAUUAAUUUUGUUUCUAAGAAUGUGACUUGUUUCUAAAAAUAUAGAAAUAAAUAUUGGCACUAUAAGAAAACUUGUUAUUAAAACACAAACGUAGACGCGAUCAGGCAACAGGUUAUCGAGUAUGUGAUUUGUGAGCGUAAUUUUGCAUUGCAUCUGAGGGAUAACGUUGUAAUAAGGAAAAAAGUUUUAAACAUUGCGUUCUAGUGAUGUGUUGAAUUGAAAGAAAUAAAAGAGAAUAUUAUGUGAAAGAAAGGCUGUAACUAUCAAAGAAGGACUAUAUAUAAAAACAAGAUGAAAAAAUCACUAUAUAUUAUAUUUAUAGUCAAUUUCCUUAUACGAACAAAGGCUGAUAAUGAUACUGGUUGGGCUUUUGUCGGUAAUCCAUUAUUACACGCAUACCCUUGCAAUGGAUCAACUGAUAUAUCCGUGUCGUUUGAGCCCGGACUUCCCCCGGAAGAGGAAAAUCAAUACUUAGUUUAUAUAUCAAAAAAAUUUCCAUCGUACUCUGUUAUUAAAAUGCAAUUCGAUGCGGAAACAAGUGUCACAUUGACAAGUAACAGUUUCGCAAGGAUAUACGUCGAUAAAAGUGAAGCAAAUUCUUUUGAGAUAAAAUUCUUUAAAGCCAGCGAUCAUAUUGACUUUACUGUCAAAGGUCUUGUACAGGGGACUGUACCAUAUUUCACAAGAUUAAACAUAAACAGUAAAGAAUAUUGCAAGAAACCAAAUGUGGGUUUUUUGGAUUCUUACAUAUCAGGAUACAAGGACCACGCAGAAAGUCCCGUGGACGCACCAGCGACGAACUGCGGCAGACGUAAAGUAGGCCACACUGAACUGAUAGUCAGCGGAGCUCCAACGAAACCUGGUGACUUUCCAUGGCACGCAGCUCUGUAUAAACUCGAUCGCUCUACUAUAAAGUAUAUUUGUGGUGGAACUCUCAUCUCCAAAAACGUUGUAUUGACAGCUGGUCAUUGCUCGUCGUCGAGGGGUAUAGCUUUUUCGCCAGAAGUUUUGAGCGUGGUCCUCGGGAAAUAUAACUUAAUCGGUGGUGACGUCGCAAUUCAGGAGAGAGAAGUUCAUCGAAUAAUACUCCACGAAAAUUUUGACUACAGACACCUGGACAACGAUAUUGCUCUAUUGAAACUAAAAACAGAAGCUAUUUUUACUGACUACGUCCAACCAGCCUGCCUAUGGUAUGAUAGAGCAAGUGAAAAGCUGUCAACGAAAAAAAUAUUCGGAACGGUAGUUGGAUGGGGAUUCGACAAUACAGAUACAUUGUCGCCUCAGCUUAACCAAGCAACAAUACCGAUUGUAUCAGAGAGCACUUGCAUAAAAAGUAAACCUCUGUUCUAUUCGACCAUUUUGACAAAUAAAAAGUUUUGUGCUGGAUACAGAAAUGGAACGUCCGCAUGUAAUGGUGACAGUGGGGGCGCUUUCCAAGUGUUUAUACCCGACAAGGAUAAGGACUCGACUAAGACAAACGGCGCUUGGUUCGUGCGAGGCAUCGUCUCACUCACAGUGGCCAGAACUGAUGUCCCGAUCUGCGACCCAGAGCACUACGUGGUCUUCACUGACGUCGCCAAAUAUAUACAUUGGAUUGAAAGCAAUAUAUGAGCCAAACAGGCGGAUAACUAUUACAGAUAUCGGUAUUAUAUUGAUGAUACACAUUUUAUAAUAAAAAUGGCUUUUAUUCAAACGCAAGUAUCUAAAAGAAUAGUAUUAAAGUGACAUCCUUCCUUUGACGACGAGGAAACCGCUGGGUUUUAGUGGGAAGUCUUUUACGUGGUGACCAAAGAGUAUAUAAGGUACCGUGAUGGGAGCCCACACUCCCGUUAGGGGGUAAAUGCAUUUGUCAACGUCAAAAAAAGUACCUAAUAACGAUAUAUACUCUGAGUACUAAAAUUACAAACUAAUUUAUAUCAAAAACCUAUCAUCUUUUAAUUAAUGCGAUGCUGUAUGACAAAGUAACUUGUUUAAGUAUAUGGAUUUAUUAUU